GGCUGAUAUGUGUUAUACUCGUUCCGGGGCUGGAAGCACCGAGCUCCGUACGCUUUCUGUCCGUGAGACACACACUCGAGUGAUGCGCGAACAGCCAGCACCAUCCUUUACAAAUCCAAAAAGCAGGUGACUUGAUCAGCAUAUGUUCUCCAGGUCAUCGCCUGGAGCAAACAGUAGAGCUGCUCUGCCUACCUACAGAUAUCAGUCGAUACUAAAAGGUCGGAGUGCCGGGUCAAAUACUGAACAUUGAAUCAGACCCUAUGGGUCAAACCAAUAACAAUGCAUGGCCAGUAAGCGGCCACUCAUGGCUCAUAGGAAGAGGCCGGGGACCAGCGUAGUGAACGGCAUGGCUGCCCCAGGACCUGCCUCUUGCCCCACUCCUCGUCCUACAGAGUCAUGUGAUCUGAAAGUCAUUCCCCCUCGCCAACGCCCGGUCCGCUACCCCAAAGAGCCUCGUGAUCAGAAACCUCUCCCCCGUUCCUGUAAGGCACAAUACUCUCCUCCCAAAUCGCCAGACGUGGGUCGCACCCAUCCAGAAGUGGAGGAGAACGCAGAGGUGGAAGUGAAGCUGUACAGCAACCCAGUAGAUGCAGAACUGGAGAACAAGCGGCCAGCAACACCCUCUACGCCAGAACGUGAACCAGAUGUUCAUGUGCGGGCGGACUUCCACGGUGGAGCUGACAGCCUGGAUGAUGACUCCAGCUCUGACUACAUUAACAACACCUCAGAUGAAGACUACAAUGAUGGGAUGGCAGAGGAAGAUGAAGGUGUGACUUACUACAUCCGCUACUGCCCGGAGGACGACAGUUACAUGGAGGGUAUGAAUUGCAGCAACCAGGGGGAGUGUAACCCCAGCCAGAGCCAGGGGGACGGUGUCACCCCCAUGCCGGAAGGGGGAGACCCCACUGAAGAGCGUCCGGAGGCUGUGGAAGGGUGGGUCGAGGAGGUAGAGGGGGAGGGGCCAGCAGAAGUGAGAGAGAAAGAAUGGGUGGAAGAUGAGGAGGUAGAGGGGGCAGUGAGGGAAGAGUGGAGAGAAGAGGAAGAAGGGGUGAGGCAGGAGUGGACAGAGGGAGAUGAAGAGCCGAGGGAGGAGUGGAUAGAGGGAGAUGAAGAGCCGAGGGAGGAGUGGAUAGAGGGAGAUGAAGAGCCGAGGGAGGAGUGGAUAGAGGGAGAUGUGGAGGGAGAUGAAGUGCCGAAGGAGGAGUGGAUAGAGGGAGAUGAGGAGGGAGACGAAGUGCCGAGGGAGGAGUGGAGAGCGGGAGAUGUGGAGGGAGAUGAAGUGCCGAAGGAGGAGUGGAUAGAGGGAGAUGAGGAGGGAGACGAAGUGCCGAGGGAGGAGUGGAGAGCGGGAGAUGUGGAGGGAGAUGAAGUGCCGAAGGAGGAGUGGAUAGAGGGAGAUGAGGAGGCAGACGAAGUGCCGAGGGAGGAGUGGAGAGCGGGAGAUAUGGAGGGAGAGGAAGUGCCGAGGGAGGAGUGGAGAGAAGGAGAUGAGGAGCCGAGGGAGGAAUGGAGAGAAGGAGAUGAGGAGCCCAGGGAGGAAUGGAGAGAAGGAGAUGAGGAGCCGAGGGAGGAAUUGAGAGAGGGAGAUGAAGAUCCCGGGGAGGAGUGGAGAGAGGAAGACGAGGAGGUGAGGGAGGAGUGGAUAGAGGAAGGCCAGGUCAGGCAGGAGGCCUGGGCGGGGCGAGAGAGGCACCUGGGGGAGGAGUGGGUGGAGGGAGAGGGGGAGGUUCGCUGCGACGUGGUGGAGCAGGAUCCAGACGAACAGAUCUACAAUGGAAGACCAGAACCCAUUUUGGACCAUCACCAUAACAACCAUCACCACCACCAGCCCCCCCUUACAGACACCCUGCAGGACAGAGAGGAAGAGGAGGAGGCAGAGAGUGAGGAGUACUGCCCUAAUGAGGAAGAAGAUGAGGAUGGUGACGAAGAGGAGAGACAUGGCAGGGCCUACACUGGAGACUACUAUGCCCCAGAGGACAAUGGGAACUCGGUGCGAGUCUCUCCGUACCGUGGCCGUAAGGUGCUGGUGGUGGAGGGGGAGACGGGGGAGGAGGCGGAGGAGGACAUUGACCAAAUAGUAGCUGAGAUCAAGAUAAGUAUGAGCAUGGGGAGUCUGAGCAGCGGCACGGACCAGAGCCCGGAGGAGCUGGCGCAGGACCCUGCCCCGAGCGACUACCCUCACCCCAAGCCUGACGCUGCCCCCUACCCACCAGCUCCCCAUCGCCAUGACAGCAGACCCAAGUCCCUGAACCUGCCCUCCAUGCACCACAACACCCCCGACCUCCAGAGGGGCGUCAAGGCACACGCACGCUCCUCUGAGGACAGGCAGCGAUGGCAACAAGAGCAGGUGAGCAAUGGUGCGGAGCAGCCCAGGAAACAGCAGCGCUCCGACCUCAAUGUUCCCCUGGAGAACAACAAUGUUCCAGAGCCAACAAAGAAGGUUACAGCGUUCCCCAGCUUUGUCGAUGUCCCAGGACCCUGUGAACCAGAGGACCUGAUUGAUGGAAUUAUCUUUGCUGCUAACUACUUGGGCUCCACCCAGCUGCUGUCUGAGAGGAACCCCUCCAAGAACAUUCGCAUGAUGCAGGCCCAGGAAGCUGUCAGCAGGGUCAAGAGGGUACAGAAGGCUGCAAAAGUCAAGAAAAAGGCGGGUUCAGACGGAGAUGCUCAAACCCUCACCGAGGUCGAUCUGUUCAUCUCCACCCAGAGGAUCAAAGUCCUCAACGCAGACUCACAGGAAACGAUGAUGGACAAUGCGCUCCGAACUAUAUCCUACAUUGCCGAUAUUGGGAACAUCGUGGUCCUGAUGGCGAGACGCCGCAUGCCACGCACAGCCUCCCAGGACUGCAUCGAAACUACACCCGGAGCCCCAGAGGCGAAAAAGCAGUACAAGAUGAUUUGCCAUGUCUUUGAGUCUGAGGAUGCCCAGCUCAUCGCUCAGUCCAUCGGCCAGGCAUUCAGCGUCGCUUACCAGGAGUUCCUGAGAGCAAACGGCAUCAACCCCGAGGACCUGAGUCAGAAGGAGUACAGCGACAUCAUCAACACCCAGGAGAUGUACAACGACGACCUCAUCCACUUCUCCAACUCUGAAAACUGCAAAGAGCUGCAGCUGGAGAAGAGCAAAGGGGAGAUCCUGGGCGUGGUGAUAGUGGAGUCCGGCUGGGGCUCCAUCCUGCCCACCGUCAUUCUGGCCAACAUGAUGAACGUGGGGCCAGCGGCGCGCUCUGGAAAGCUGAGCAUCGGAGACCAGAUCAUGUCCAUCAACAACACCAGCCUGGUGGGGCUGCCCCUCGCUACCUGUCAGGGAAUCAUCAAGGGCUUGAAGAACCAGGUGCAGGUGAAGAUGAAUAUCGUCAGCUGUCCUCCUGUUACCACCGUCCUCAUCAAGAGACCGGAUCUGAAGUAUCAGCUGGGCUUCAGCGUGCAGAACGGCAUUAUCUGCAGUCUGAUGCGCGGCGGCAUUGCUGAGCGAGGGGGGGUCCGUGUGGGUCACAGGAUCAUAGAGAUCAACGGGCAGAGUGUGGUGGCCACUGCACACGAGAAGAUCGUCCAGGCCCUCUCCAACUCUGUCGGCGAGAUUCACAUGAAGACCAUGCCGGCGGCCAUGUUCAGACUCCUCACAGGACAGGAGACACCUAUGUACAUAUAGACGAUGUCCAGGGACUGUCCAAUAAGGUUACGGGACAAACCAAGCUGACCAGUGAGCGGGGGAGGAGGCUUCUCCCUGACAAUUAAUCUCUUAUAAUUUAUUUCUUUGAGCUGAUGACUACAGCUCUUCAUCAAUCUCCUCCUGUCUGUGCUUAACAUGAAAUGCCCAUUUUAUUGACAUGCUUUGUCCAUCUGACCAGCUGAAGAAAGUGUGUGUGUGUGUGUGUGUGUGUGUGUGUGUGUGUGUGUGUGUGUGUGUGUGUGUGUGUGUGUGUGUGUGUGUGUGUGUGUGUGUGUGUGUGUGUGUG